CUCCGAAUUAACUUCGUUUGCAUCCCGAACCGCGUAAGGCUCUCGACACCGAUAACACGUGUCACGUGCGACAGGUCGUUUCAUCCGUGUUUACGUGCCGUCUUAAAGUGAGUGUGCUAACGAUCGUUUUUUCUCGUUUCGUGUAAAUAAACUGAAGAACAAUAAACGCGAGAUGAGGGGGCACGACAGACGUAUCGCGAUCGGGCGGCUGCGUCACUAACUGGAAUAGAUUCACAUAUUAGCGGGCGUGAAAUUAAAGGAUAAACAAAUGAAGUCCGGCGCGGGCGGUAUUGUAGUGGAACAGCAGUCUGCGUCAGGAGGUGUCAAGCGGCAGACACGGGCGGCGUGACCCCGGCGGCCGAGCGCCCUAACUGGGACAUAUCGAUAAGCGCGCCCUACUUACCCGGUUUGGUAGAAGGCGGUGCGGCUUGACGGUGUGGUGCGGCUGCAUUCGGUCACGGCGGUGCGGCGGUGCGAGAGCGAUGUCGGGCAAGUCGUGCGGCAGCGGCGUGGGCAGCGUGCGUUCAUGCGCGGCGGGUGGGCACGAGGUCGUGCUGGACGCGCUUUACGCCCGGAAGCGCGACAACAAGAGCGUACGCGUGCUGACCGUCAUCGUGUACGUGUUCUGCGUGUCGCUCGCUGCCAUCAUGCUCUCGCUCUACUACGUGUUCUUCUGGGAGCCCAAGGAUGCGCAGUACGCGCAGCGCAAGGUGUCUCACACUGUCCCCCGGCAAACCAGCACCACACCAAUGCCCACAUGCUUAUUGCCCGACACCGGACGAAGCAAUACCUCAGUGAACGAGAACGUCACAUAUUCUUUACCAUCGAAUCUUCUAGAGCAAUCUAUCAACACAACAGACGAUACGGGACUCGAUUUUGAAUUUCCCGCCAAUUUAACGAACAAUUCAAUUCAACAAAUAAAACCCCUUAAUUUAACUUCCAAUGAUUCCGGAACCAACGAAACAGACAUUAAUACAUGACGUACAGGAACCAGAACAAAUCAUCCUGUAUAACAGACUGUAUCUAAUGCGAAUCGAAGUAAAGAGAAUGAACUUAUUAAAGUGUAGUUUAAAUUAAACAAAUGUUUUGAAAGUGAGAAAAUGAAAUUGCCAUUAGUUUAUACGGAGUGUUAUUGGUAAUCGUGAUUUGUGGUAGGACGCAUUAGAAAGAAAUUAGAUAUUAAUAAAAAUAAAAUGUACUUAACUUUGUGUUCAAGCGUACCUAUUUAGGAUUUUGUUGUAAUAAACUGCAAAAGUCGUACUAGUCGAAUGUAAUACCAAAGGUAAAUGUUAUUAGUUUUAAAGAUAUAUCUUAUUUA